UGUGGCCUAUCCACCAUUUCCCUCUGUUUGAAAUUGAGUGAGAGAGAGUGUACCUGCUUCUUCCUCUCUAUUUGAAAGAAGACAGAGAGGAGAGAGAGAGAUUCUCCUUCUCCAUUUUAGAGAGAGAAAGUUGGGGUGCUUGGGAGGAGAGAGAGAGCAUAAAGGCUGCAGCUUACUCGCUUUACAGCAAGCCACAUAGUACGGUUCUUGUUCUUUCUAUGUCAUCGUUGGGUUAAAUGAUUCUUGUUUUUUUGAGGUUUUGUAUUCCUUAAUGGUGUUAUUUGUAUUCGCCCCAGAACUGGUUAUCUUCUUCUAACCCUUCCAAAUCAUGGCUUUGACAAAAGCACAAUCUCUCUCUAAACCCCACUAUUUCAUUUCUUUUGUCAUUCCUCCCUCUCUUCAUUCUUAUGUUGAACAAUACUCCACAAAACCCCUUUCUCUCUCUUCAUCUCCUUCUUCUCUCACUGAGGAUGCCAUGAGCUUAACUUCUUCCUCUCCUUCUUUCAUGGUUAAUCUGCUUAUAGACUCUUUUGGGCUCUCAAAGCAAUCCGCCAUUGCCACAUCUUCACAGUUUCUCCACCUCAAAACAGAUGAGAAACCCCUGUCUGUUCUAACCUUCCUAAAACACAAUGGUGUCGAAGCAACCCACAUCCAUGACAUUAUCAGCAAGUGCCCUCGUUUCCUUGUAGCUGAUGCUGAGAAAAACCUAAAACCCAAAUUGAAAUUGCUCGAAGAUUUGGGUCUUUCUAAAUUUGAACUUGGGGCCUUCAUCUCUGCAAAUCCAUCUAUUCUUACUUAUAGCUUAAACAAAAGGCUUCUCCCUAGAAUUCUUUUCCUCAAAAGCUAUUUGGGAACCGAUGAAAACGUCUUAAGGUUUGUCAAAGGUUGUAGUUCGCUAUUGGUGUCUAAUAGAUUUCUGCCCAAUAUAAGGCACUUGGAGAGCCAUGGAAUUGGGGGCUUGAAGUUGAAAACACUCCUAUUGCAAAGGCCGCAUAGCUUCAAUUCUUAUGCAAUGAGCAAGGAGACAUGGCAGAGGAAAUUUGUGUUUUUGAAGAGUUUUGGAUGGUCAGAAGAAGAUAUUUGCACUGCUUUCCAACAGAUUCCUGUAAUCUUUUCUUUAUCAGAAGAGAAGUUGCAAGAGACUAUGGAUUAUUUUGUUGAUGAGCUUAAAUAUGAUGAGAAAUAUCGGUGUUUUCAUCCACAUAUAUUCAGUUACAGUUUAGAGAGAAGGUUGAUCCCAAGGAUUAAUCUAUUGAAAGUGUUGAGGUCAAGGGAAUUGCUGAAAAAGUAUGCCAAUUUAUCGUCAGUUAGUGUGUUAUCGAGAAGCUUCAAAAUCAUGGCCUUGACAAAAGCCCAAUCUUUCUGCAAACCCCAAUUUCUCAUUUCCUUUGUCAUUCCUCUCUCUCUUCAUUCUUAUGUUCAACAGUUCUCCACAAAACCCUCUCCUCUCACUUCUCCUUCUUCUCUCAUUAAUGAUGGAACGGCCUUACCUUCUUCUACUUCUUCUUUCAUGGUUAAUCUGUUUGUGGACUCUUUUGGGUUCUCAAAGCAAGGAGCCAUUGCUGCAUCUUCCCAGCUUCUCCAUGUCAAAACCCCUCAGAAAGCUCUCUCGGUACUAAACUUCCUCAAAGCCAAAGGUUUUGAAGCAAUCCAUAUCCAUACAAUUAUCAGCAAGCGCCCCCAUCUUCUUGCAGCCAAUGUCGAGAAAAACCUAGCACCCAAAUUCAAAUUGUUUGAAGAUUUGGGCCUUUCUAAAUUCGAUCUUGGGGCUGUCAUCUCUGCAAAUCCAACCAUUGUUACGUAUAGCUUAAACAAAAGACUUCUCCCUAACAUUCUCUUCCUUAAAAACUACUUGGAUCCCAAAGGUGUCUUGAAGAUUCUCAAAGGUCAAGGUCGUAGUUCAGUCUUGGUGUCCAAGAGAUUGCAGCCCAAUGUUAGGUUCAUGGAGAGCCAGGGAAUUGGCGGCUCGAAGUUGAGAUUACUCUUAUUGAAACAGACACGCUUAUUUGAAGUGAAGUCCAUUAGGCUUAUAGAAAUCACGGAGAAAGUUAAGGAAUUGGGUAUUGAAUCUCACUUUAAAAUGUACUCUGAUGCUGUUAGGUUCAUGAGUUCGAUGAGCAAGGAGACAUGGCAGAGGAAAUUUAAGUUCUUUAAGAGCUUUGGGUGGUCAGAAGAAGAUAUUCGUACCGCUUUCCAAAAGUCGCCUGUAAUCUUUUGUUUAUCAGAACAGAAGUUGCAAAAGACUAUGGAUUAUUUCAUCAACGAACUUAAAUAUGAUGAGAAAUAUCUGUGUUUUCAUCCACAUAUAUUCGGUUAUAAUUUAGAGAGAAGGUUGAUCCCAAGGAUUAAUCUAUUGAAAGUGUUGAGGUCAAGAAAGUUGCUGGAAAAGGAUGCAAAUUUAUCGACAAUUUGUGUUUUAUCGGAGAAGGCGUUCUUGGAGAGAUAUGUGUUAAGUUUUGUAGAAGAGGCAGAAAUUUUGCUCAAUAUUCAUAAGGGAAACAAAGAGAACUCAAGAAAUUGAUGCUGAGUCUAUGGUCUAAAACAGGCUUAAUAGCCAUUAAAAUCUGAAUUCCAUGACUCUUAUUUUGUUGUAUCUCUGAAAAAGAAGAACUGAAUGUCAAAACUUUCUGUGUUGUGAUCCUUGUAAUUUUGCCUUGCUUCUCUGUGUUCUGCAUUGUAUAAUAUAGGUUACAAGAGCAGAAAAGCUUGCUAACCUCUACACAGAUGCAAAAUUAGAUGGUAAUAAUUUUGGGUUUAUUCUAA